CUCUCUCUCUCUCUCUCUCAUACUUUCUCUCUCUACAAUGGUGUGACUAAUACCUACUAUUGACAGAGUUGUUUAAUUUUCAUUCAUGUUACUGUAGAAUCUGGAUGCGUAAAGAGUCAUGUUACAGAUGAAUUUGGAGGUGUAAAGGAGUAAAUAGGUAAACAACAUAAGAAUUUUCACAGGUUCAUAGAUUGUUUUUUCUACGAAAAAUAUUUAUAUAAUCAUAUCAAUUGGAUCAUACUUCGUUCAUUUUAUGAUUAUGAACUUUGAUUCUGCUCUUAUUACUGAAGAAAUUGGAGGCGUAAUGAACAGAGCAUUUCACAGUUCUUAGGUCCAGGAUUUCAAUGAACAAUGGAUAAUUCUUAUGUGAAGAAAAUGGCAGUUGCUGGAUUGCACAAGGCGUCACUUGAUUCAUAUAUUAAUAAUAAAGAGAAAUCAACCACAAGAACAUCAUCCAUCAGGAAAAUGUGGCAGGAUCUUGAAAGUGAGGGCAAAUGCGAAAGCAUUGAAAGUGAAGAUACCAAUGAAAUUGAAAACGAAUGUCCUCAAAACCAAAAUCAAGUAGCAGUUCAUAAUAAUGGAUUAUGCUUGCAGCGUUCUCCUUCUCUUGAUGUUCCAGCAAAAGAGCGCGUGAGAAAAGUUUUCCAUGAUUGGGGAAGCAAAAGCUUUGAAGGUCAUACACUGUAUAGUUCACGUAUGAAUAAUUGUCCAAGGGCAGAAUCGGUAUUUAUCCGUAGGAUAUAUGGUAGACAGGCUGUUCUGGACUUGUUAGCGAAGUUUGUGAAAGAAAGGAAAACAGAGGUUGAAGAUUUAUUGAAAAAUCAAUUCGUAUCAAAUUUCCCUCAUCGCCCUCGAAUUCAGUCAUUGCUGAAAGGUAGAUUUUUGAGGAAUCAAAGAUUUGUAGAAGAUCAAAAACAGGCUUCUGUUGCAGCAAGUGAAUUAGGGUUAUUGAGGCAAACACAUUCUGUAUCUGAUAUAAGGAAAGGCUUCCUCUCUAAAUUGAAUAACUAUGACAAAAAUGCUUCAGAGGUCAAUGACAACAUCCAACAAGCUGAAGAAAUCAUUCAUGAAAUUGGUAAAGAAUUUGAAACAAAUAAUUUAACAAGUCCACAACAGUUUUCUUCACAAGUAGGAGAAAGACAUGAUGAUGACGACGACGACGAUGAUGAUGAUGACUUUAUCAUGCAAUAUGAAGAAAGAGAUGAUUCAAUGGAAGAAACAAAUCAAAUCACUCAUCACGCUGAAUUUCCACAAGGAUCUCAAGUGGAUGAUGAAGUUGUGCGUUUACUUUCUUUACAGACAAGUACAGAUAGCUUAAAUUGGCAAGAAAUUUCACAGGCGGAAGAAGAUUGGGAUGAAUCAGUUACAGAAGAAGAAGAAGACGACAAUGAAUGGCAUCAUUUAACUCGGACCAACUCAGACGAGGGUAUAGAUGUCAAUUCACCAGUAAGAAGCGAUUCGCAAGAGUGGAUUGAAACCCUAGAAAGUAGGAGUAACGCAUUCUAUUGGUUCGAUGAUGAUGAUAAUAACGACAGCAGAUUAGAACUCACGCAACUUACAAACAGAAGAACAGUCUCUAAUCUUCUUCAAAGUGAUUUUGGUGCACGACUGAAUCAUCUGUUGAUGCAAUCAUAUGUGAAUCGACAAAAUCAAGCAUUUGAAUCACAAAAUGAAGCUGUUGAUUCAUCAUCAGUUGUUAUCCCCCAAACAGAGGAGGAAAGGGAGAUAAUCAAUGGGUUAAGGGUCGAUAUGGAUGCACUUCAAGAAAGAAUGAAUGAAAUGCAGAGGAUGCUGGAGGCGUGUGUAGAUAUGCAAAAAUCAGUGCAUCAAGAGCUUAAUUUAGCUCUGAAUCAGUCAUCAUCUUGCUACUUAUGUUGUGAUGAUGGUUUUGAAUCAUUACCUGAAGAAAGAUCUGGUGCACACAUGUGUAUAUGCUCAAAAUGUGCUCAGAAAAUAAACUGGUCGAAGCUAAAGGAAAGUGUGAGUGUUUUUUUAAUCAGGUCCUACUGAUCAUCGGUAUUGUGUGGUGAUGAAAUGAAGAUGCUAUAGCUUAGCACUAAUGACAAAUCCAAAAAAAAAAAAAAAAACUUACAUCUUCUGUUAGUUUAUGUAUAUUGAUUUGGAUUUGGGGAAUUGUUGCAUUGGUUUGUUCUUUUAAUAUUUAUAUAUCAAAUACACUUAUACAUGGUACAUUUAUGGGAUUGUGGGAUGCAUUGCAGGGAUUGGUUGGGAGUGUCAUGGUUGACUAACUCAUAGCCCUCAGAGCCUCUUUCAUAGCAAUUCAAUACAAAUAAGGAAGACUAAGUUCCAAAACAAUACAAACACAUAAUAUAAUUCCAUGUACCAAGUGAAAGAUACUAUGUAUCAAAACAAGGAUAACAUCAAGUAAAAGCAUGUAUCAUUAAAACAUUGCAAUUGUGACAUGUAUCCAUUUAUAAAAACACUAUGUGCU